AUGAACAGUGUCAAUUUACCGGAGGACUGUGCUAAACAAUGGGAAAUAUUGUUGUUGUUGUUAUCCUCAGAGGAAAAGAAAAUCGAUCGUACACACGAAACGGAGAUCGAUACUAUGAAUUAUUUCUACAACAACAAGGGUGUUAGGAAAAUUCUACUCUACUGGCUCCAACAAAUGAAGGAUACAUAUGCACGUAAAACAUGUGAAUCAGAUACGGCUUUAAAAUGUGACGAGGUAUCUUUGUUCUGGAGACAGAAGGGCAAUGAGAAAUUCAGAGCGAACUUGGUCGAAGAAAGCUAUAAGUGCUAUACAAAUAGUGUGCUGUACGCUAAACCUAAGAGUCUCAUGUAUACUUUGGCACUAGCGAAUCGCUCGGCUGCUUUAUUGAGGUUAAAGAGAUUUCAGGCAUGUUUAUUCCUAUACAGCACUAUAAUACUAGAAUGUUUAUCGGAUGUGUCUCUGGCUAUAGACAGUGGUUAUCCCGUGGAACAGAGACACAAAUUAUUACUGCGUAGAGCAGAUUGUUACAUUGAAUUACAAAGUAAAGAAGCAAGGACCGCUCUCAACUCAGCGAUACAAUACGCAAAGACACUCAAUAUGACAGCAGCCAACACAUUGGAAUUCGAGCGUCAUAUAAAAAUUUUAGAGAAGAAACUCGAAUGUGUCAAAGGGGAUGUUAUUAAAGACGAAGCGGUGCAGUUACCUGAUUGUUACCUCGGAGCCAACCCUGACUUUGUAUCAGCCUCCAAAUCUAUCGAAUUAAGUUGCAGUGUGUGUUCACGCAGCGUGUACUGUGGCUGUGAGUGUGCGUCUCGUGCUGUCUCCUUUCAUCGCUGGGAGUGUGUCGGCGCACAGAGCUCACUCUUCCCCACUAUAGGCAUCGCGCAUUUAGCUUUAAGGGUGUUACUAAUAAGUACGAACAACGGAUUCCCACAAUCGCCGGUGUCACUGCCGCAAGCUUGUACCGCCGGCGAGUUGUUCAGGAGCUACGGGCUUGUAGACAACAUACAGAUAUACAAAACUGGCACGGAUCCAUUCUACAGGAUGUUCAAUCUAGUGACAAACUUCAAUAAGAUGGAUAACUCGGAUUACAUACAAUACGCAUUAUUGGACGAUCAGUUGGACGAUCAGUUGGUCGACCAGUUGGACGAUCAGUUGGUCGAUCAGUUGGACGAUCAGUUGGUCGAUCAGUUGGUCAACCAGUUGGUCGACCAGUUGGACGAUCAGUUGGUCGACCAGUUGGACGAUCAGUUGGACGAUCAGUUGGUCGACCAGUUGGAAGAUCAGUUGGACGACCAGUUGGACGAUCAGUUGGUCGAUCAGUUGACGGCCACUAUGUUGACGUUGUAUUUGGAGAAUUUCACAACUUUUUUUGAUUAUUUACCAAAUAAACUGCCUUGUAUUUUAUCUGAGAGUCAGUUGAAGUUAUUCGCGGCGGCCGUAAUAUUGAGGAGUAUGGGCCAGUUGGUUUGUAAUGGACACGCCACUUUAAGCCUGGCUGUGGUUGAGGAAGACGAUGGCAGAAAUGGCAAAACGAUAACGGAAAAGGAAGUCCGGAGAGCCACCGCCAUCUAUCCCUCGGCCGCCAUGAUGAAUCACUCGUGCGAUCCAAACAUAAUAAACACUUUCUACAAGAGUCGUCUCAUAGUGAGAUGCCAGCGCGAGUUACCGGCUGGAGGUGAAGUGUUCAACUGUUACGGGCCACAUCGAGCGCGCGCCCCCGCCGCAGCAAGGAAAACCGCGCUAAAAGCUCAGUAUAUGUUCACUUGCCACUGUACUGCGUGUAAUGACACUGAUAGAAGAGACUUUGUGUCGUUGUUCAGCGCGUACUUGUGUCAGUCGUGUAAGGGUCCUGUGUGGGCGCGCGGCGCUCGUCCUCUGUGCACACAGUGUCGAUCAGCACUACACUUAGAACGUGCACAUACAUUAUUGGACAGAGCUGACGAUCUCGCAACACAAGCGGAACAGGUCGCCAGUUUGGAGGAGCGUUGUGAAAAGAUGGCGGCCUCGUACCGACUGAAACAACAAGUGUGGCAUCGACACCACGCCUCACUAAGAAUGGCAGCGGAUAGACUGGCGAGACUGUAUGCUGAUAUUGGUGAUUUCACCAAAAGUAUGGAACUCAUCAAACAGAAUAUCCAGAGCCUAGAAUAUCGCUUUGGUUCAUUCAGUGUAGAGGUCGCUCAUGAACUCCGUAAAUUAUCAGACGUUAUGUUGGAAAGGAUAUUGAAUUCGCCGCAACAUUUGGAACACAGAGAAUGGUGUCUAGAAGCUCACAAGGUGGUCAAAAAGGCGAUACAAUUGAUGGAAUUAAACUACGGCUCGUGGGAGCCUCUCGUGUAUAGAUUGAAGCAACACGAGUCUUAUCUCGCUGCGACGCUCGCUGAGAGCAGAACUCCAGAGGCUGUGGACUGUGUUCAUCACAACUUACAUUAUAAUCUUAAAAUAUAA